UUAAUAUGGCUGUCGCCCUUUUCGUGUGUAUGCGUGUAUCUACCCAAUUUUUAUAAUAUUUAGCAGACCUAGAGUGAAAAAUAUUUUUAAUACUUUUAAAAUAAAUACUUGAACGUAAGUGGUGAAGUUUUGGAGUGUAUAUGGCAGUGGUUAUAAAAAUAAGAAAUAAAAUACUGAAAGUUUUGAAUUGUGUGUAUACCGUUCAAUAAUACCUUGAAAUUGUUGAACUGGUCCAUUUAAAAUACAUACAUAUACAUAAUAAUGAUUUUACCUUAGCAGAUAAACUAGCUCUUUUUGUUAUAAAUAUAUAUAUGUACAUAUAUAUAUAUAUAUAUAGAGCUUUUGUUCACGUCGAGUUCAACUAUUUAAACAAAUAAAAAUCUUGAUUGCAAAUAUACGAACUAAAAAUCGUUUCCUGUUAAUAAAUAUAAUCAUGUUAAUAAAUUAAAAAUAUAAAACAAAUCUUUAAAUGUAUGUGCAAUAUCAAAAUUAUUGUCAACGUUAUAAAAAAAUGCGUCUCUAGUCUUUUUUUUUCAUUUACAUUAAACAUAUUAAUAGAGAGGCGGUCCAUUUAAUGGUGGCUCGUUUAUCGCAACACUGCUGCUUAUAUAGCAGUUCAUGAAACAUUAUUGCAUUUAUAAAUUAAGUGUUUACACUUGCAACGUACAACACUUAGUAUUUUGGUCAAAGAAUCUCAGUUUUGGGCAGUUAAUUUUGUUUGGUCUGUUUAAAGUGAUACCGGAGUUACCAAGAAAUAGAAGAUAAAUAUGUCAACAACAAUGCGUACAACUCUCCAACCAGUUCCUGAAUCAUUACCAGCCGAGCAUGUUACGAAUGGUACAACAAUGUCUUUAACAGCAGCAGUGGUUAGUUCGGCAUUAACAACACUCACUGGAUCAACUUCUACAAGUAAUACAACACAAUUACAACCCCAAGACCAGCAACAUGUUAUAAAUAGUUCGGUGCAUUCUGUAAAAGAUCAACAUGAUUCUGCAAAUGCCAACAUAAUUGGACUGCCACAAACUACUGUCGCUCCUGUAGUAACAACAUGUAUGGUUACUACAGCCACAAACAGUUUAACUUCCACAACUAAUACCAAUCAAUCUCAGCCUCAAUCUCAAUCUCAAUCUCAGCAUAGUCAUCAGCAUAGGCAUCAUGUUACAAAUAAUGCUGCAAUAUCGAAUAUGAAUCAUCAUCAUCAUCAUAUAUCUGGAGUUGGUACCAAUAGUGGCGGUGCACCAGUUAUUAAUAAAAGCGCUAUAAUAUCUCAUACUAAUUCAACAGCUAUCAAACAGCGAUCAACAUCAGCAAAGGGUUCACCGAAUAUGCAAAUACGUAGUAGUGCACCAAUGCGUUGGCGUGCAACGGAAGAACAUAUUGGAAAAUAUAAAUUAAUAAAGACUAUAGGAAAAGGCAAUUUUGCAAAAGUAAAGCUAGCUAAACAUUUGCCUACAGGCAAAGAAGUGGCUAUUAAAAUAAUUGACAAAACUCAGUUAAAUCCGGGGUCGCUACAAAAAUUGUUUAGAGAAGUUCGUAUCAUGAAAAUGCUCGACCAUCCAAACAUCGUAAAACUAUUCCAAGUUAUAGAAACUGAAAAGACAUUAUAUCUUGUAAUGGAAUAUGCAUCAGGAGGUGAAGUAUUUGACUAUUUAGUACUACAUGGACGCAUGAAAGAAAAAGAGGCACGAGUGAAAUUUAGACAAAUUGUUUCUGCCGUACAAUAUUGUCACCAAAAACGUAUUAUACACAGGGAUUUGAAGGCUGAAAACCUUCUAUUAGACAGUGAAUUGAAUAUAAAAAUAGCAGAUUUUGGUUUUUCGAAUGAAUUUACGCCAGGAAAUAAACUCGAUACCUUCUGUGGUAGUCCACCAUAUGCAGCCCCCGAACUAUUUCAAGGUAAAAAAUAUGAUGGACCAGAAGUUGACGUGUGGUCGUUGGGUGUUAUAUUAUAUACUCUUGUUAGUGGUUCAUUACCAUUCGAUGGUUCAACAUUAAGAGAGUUGCGUGAACGAGUACUCAGAGGCAAAUAUAGAAUACCUUUUUACAUGUCAACUGAUUGUGAAAAUUUACUGCGCAAAUUUCUUGUAUUAAAUCCGGCCAAACGUGCCAGUCUCGAAACCAUAAUGGGUGACAAAUGGAUGAAUAUGGGAUUUGAAGAAGAUGAACUCAAACCGUACGUAGAGCCUAAGCAAGAUUUGGCCGAUCCCAAGCGGAUAGGUAAGACGGAGGCGCUAGUAGCCAUGGGUUACAAUAGGCAAGAAAUCGAAACUUCGCUAUCUCAAGUCCGAUACGAUGAUGUGUUUGCCACCUACUUACUUUUAGGAAGAAAAAGCACUGAUCCUGAAAGUGAUGGAUCUCGAUCCGGCUCAUCGCAUUCUUUACGUAAUAUCACUGGAAAUGAUACCGGAACGAGUGGUGGAAAUUCAUCUGUACAAAGUCCUACACAUCGUGGUGUUCACCGAAGUAUAUCGGCAUCUAGUACUAAGCCAAGCAGACGUGCUUCUUCAGGUGCCGAAACAAUACGUUCUGGCCCAAACACAGCUACAGCUCCCGGAGUAGGAGCAGUAGCCGUUGUGCCAACUAGUGUAACCAAUUCAGGAACUUCGGCAGAUCGUACUUCGAUAAGCAGCAACUUCAAACGUCAAAAUACAAUCGAUUCAGCUACCAUUAAAGAAAACACUGCAAGAUUAGCUGCACAAAACCAAAGGCCUGCAUCUGCAACACAAAAAUUAAUAUCAGGAGAUUCAUCUGUCAACAGCCCCGCGAAACCCCGUUCAGCAACUAAAUACGAUCCAACAAAUGGAAAACAUACUACAGAAAAUAGCGGUAUUAUACCACGACGAUCAACAAGGUUAUAUGAAAAGACUUCAUCUACAGAAAAAACGAAUGUUCUGCCUACAGAAGCAAAUAGUGGAUCAACGGCAUCCUCCGGAAAGGGGCAUGUUAAAAGCGCCUCAGUUUCAAGUCCAGGCCAAUCGACUGACGGAGGGGUCCUUGUUUCUCACGAUCCUGUCGAAGCAAGAAUGACUUCGGCUGUAAAAUCAAGCAGGCAUUUCCCAAGGAAUGUACCAUCAAGAUCAACCUUUCACUCGGGUCAAACUAGAGCACGUAAUAAUGCUGCUUUAGAAUAUUCUGGAACUAGUGGGGCAACGGGCGAUUCCCCCCAUCCAGGCCGUAUGAGCUUUUUCUCAAAACUUUCAUCAAGAUUUAGUAAACGAUCUUUUCAUGAUAGUGGCUCUACAACGGAAGAUACGGCUAAACCACGUGUAUUACGUUUUACUUGGUCGAUGAAAACAACAUCACCUCUUAUGCCCGAUCAAAUUAUGCAAAAAAUACGUGAGGUUUUGGAUCAAAACAAUUGCGAUUAUGAACAAAGAGAACGGUUUGUACUUUGGUGUGUUCAUGGAGAUCCUAACACAGAUUCUUUAGUACAGUGGGAAAUUGAAGUAUGUAAACUACCGCGUUUAUCACUUAAUGGAGUACGAUUUAAACGAAUUUCAGGUACCAGCAUAGGAUUUAAAAAUAUUGCUUCGCGUAUAGCAUUUGAUCUUAGACUGUGACUUCAUCCUUACAAAUGCAACAGUUCCGCCGAUACCUUAAAGAACAACAACGAGGUCAGUAGAUAUAAAAAUUUGGAACCUGCGUCAACUAUCUCCACUGCCGACACGACCACCGAUAUCAAUGCGAAUAAAAAGCCGAUUGGCUUAUGUUAAAUUUUUUCUCGAAUACGUAGCAUCAAUUUGGUGAAAGGCAGUUACAUUAGAUUUACACAUUCUUAAAAAAAAAAAAUUUAAAAAUAAAGUAUCAAAAAUAAGAGCUUGUACUAAAGCGGAAAAAAUUUUAUUA